AUGGAGAUUGGUCGACAUGCUCAGUGGAAUGUGGAGGAGGAACACAAACAAGAACUAGGAACUGCGACAGUCCCCUCCCAGCCAAUGGGGGAGCGGAAUGUGAGGGAGAUACUGAAGAAACACAGAGUUGUAACGAGCAAGCUUGUGCAGGCGAUGAAGGAACGAUGUGAUGGAAAGAAUUCCUGUGCAGUAGAAGCACUAAACAGUAUAUUUGGAGAUCCUUGUGGUGGAAUUUACAAAUACUUAACUGCUACCUGGGAGUGCCAUUCAGAAAACUCAGCUGAAGCAUGCGAACAUAGCGGAAUACCUAUAUCAAUAAACUGUGGCGAGGAGAUGAUAAAUAUCAAGCAUGCGGCCUAUGGUGUUUACUCCAAUGAGAACACUUGUGGACUUUCUUAUGGUGGAGACUGUAUCUCAGAAACUUCACUUCAGGCGAUGAAGGAGCGAUGUGAUGGAAAGAAUUCCUGUGCAGUAGAAGCACUAAACAGUAUAUUUGGAGAUCCUUGUGGUGGAAUUUACAAAUACUUAACUGCUACCUGGGAGUGCCAUUCAGAAAACUCAGCUGAAGCAUGCGAACAUAGCGGAAUACCUAUAUCAAUAAACUGUGGCGAGGAGAUGAUAAAUAUCAAGCAUGCGGCCUAUGGUGUUUACUCCAAUGAGAACACUUGUGGACUUUCUUAUGGUGGAGACUGUAUCUCAGAAACUUCACUUCAGGCGAUGAAGGAACGAUGUGAUGGAAAGAAUUCCUGUGCAGUAGAAGCACUAAACAGUAUAUUUGGAGAUCCUUGUGGUGGAAUUUACAAAUACUUAACUGCUACCUGGGAGUGCCAUUCAGAAAACUCAGCUGAAGCAUGUGAACAUAGCGGAAUACCUAUAUCAAUCAACUGUGGCGAGGAGAUGAUAAAUAUCAAGCAUGCGGCCUAUGGUGUUUACUCCAAUGAGAACACUUGUGGACGUUCUUAUGGUGGAGACUGUAUCUCAGAAACUUCACUUCAGGUCUGA